GGAACUAAUAUUUGGUGUCGGAGUUAUUACGAAGACGGACCAGCAAACUGAGGCCUGUUUUGAAGCCGAAAAUUUCCUCGAACCAAUCCUCUAAAAUCAAGUUUAAGUUUAGUUUCUUUAUUGUUCUGUCGGUUAGACCGCGGUAUGGUGUCCUGCAGACAGGUCCGCGUAUGGAAGUACGUGGAGGAAGGCAGUUGUCUAAAGUUAAAAUCGUAUCUGCGGAAGCACCGGGACCUGGACCUGAACUUCUCCCAGGGAAAGAGACAGAGGAGCCCGCUGCACUUGGCCUGCUCCCUGGGUGACGACGCCGUGCUUCGGCUGCUGCUCCAACAUGGAGCCGAUGUCCUCCAGACGGACCGCCGGGGAGACACUCCUCUGCACACGGCGGCUAAUAGGGCUCUGAAGCUCGGCAAGAGAGCUUAUGAUGAUCUGGUCGUGCCUCUCAAAAAAGCAUGUCCGGAAGCUUUGAAUGCUUCAAACAGGACUGGGGUCACACCGCUGGACCUGCUGAGCUGGAUGAACAUGAAGCAGUCAGAGGGUGCAGAAACUAUUGGCCGUCCUCAGACCGACCCUGAAAAGGAGUGGAUGGAGAAGCUAUUUGGCGAGUGCGAAGACGAGUUUUGUGAAAACUUUGGAGCUUAUGAUGCUGAUGAUUUUCUUCCUGUUGAUGAAGAUGAGGAGGACUUUGGGGAUUGGGCUGAACGUAUAAGGAGAGAGUAUUUUUCUAAGAAGCAUGCUGAAGCGCAGAAACUGGCAGCGAGGUGGAAAACGCAGAAGAGCGGGCAGAGAAGAGAGCAGAAAGAGGAAAGUCACAAAGACCUGCACGAGAGGCUAAAAAGAGAACACGAGGAGUAUCUGGCUCGAGCAGCACAGAAGGAAGAGCAAACGCGGCAAGGAAAGAAGCGUUGUUACGAGGAGAGGUGCGCCGCUACUUUCUCUGACCCAUCCUCAUCGAGCAGCACCAAGCUGAGCUACUCCGACAUCCCUUGGCCCGCUCCUAAAGGCACAGUGCAGGAGAUGGUGGAUGUGAUGCUACACGGCGUGGACAGAAAGAAUGUGGGGGUGUUUCGGAAAGCGCUCCGGAAGCAGCAAACCCUCUGGCAUCCAGAUAAAUUUGUCCAAAGAUGCGAGGCUCGGUUGGAGGAGAAGGACAGGAAGCGGAUCCUGGAUACGGUCACGGCUCUGUCUCAGGAGCUCAACCGAUUGGCUCAGAGUUUGAAGUAGUAGUACCAGCUAGUUGCGCCACAGAAUCAACAAAUGCUUUUUUGGAGGGAUAUUUUAUUUCAGAUGUUGAUAAAACUGUGUACAGGACGCACCUGUGUGAUUUAUUUAAAUAAUUCCUUUAAAUCAUAAAAAAUGUUUUAAAUGUGGUUCAAGUUUGGAAAUCUAUAAAAAAAUAAGCAAACAUUUGUUUUUCUUUUAUUUGGUCUCAGUUAUCCAAAGAAAAUAUAAACCUUAAACUUGUGGAUGACAUUUA